AACGACCACGACAACCACCUGAAAGGCGUAAUAAUCCUCACCAUUAGAACCUCAAGAUUUCUAUUGGAAGACCGUCAAGAUGUCGAAGAUCACGGUCGCCGGAGUGCGCCAGAACGUCGCCGAGCUCCUUGAGUACUCCCUGGAGACCAAGAAGCGCAACUUCCUCGAGACUGUCGAGCUUCAGAUCGGCCUGAAGAACUAUGACCCCCAGCGUGACAAGCGUUUCUCCGGCACUGUCAAGCUGCCCUCCGUGCCCCGCCCCAACAUGGCCAUCUGCAUUCUGGGUGACCAGCACGAUAUUGAUCGUGCCAAGCACGGUGGCGUCGACGCCAUGUCCUCCGACGACCUGAAGAAGCUGAACAAGAACAAGAAGCUCAUCAAGAAGCUUGCCCGCAAGUACGAUGCCUUCAUCGCUUCCGACAGCUUGAUCAAGCAGAUCCCCCGUCUGUUGGGUCCUGGUCUGUCCAAGGCCGGCAAGUUCCCCACCCCCGUCUCUCACGCCGACAACCUGUCCGACAAGAUCACCGAGGUCAAGUCCACCAUCAAGUUCCAGCUGAAGAAGGUUCUGUGCAUGGGUGUCGCUGUCGGCAACGUCGGCAUGACCCAGGAGCAGCUGGUCGGAAACAUCAUGCUGGCCAUCAACUACCUGGUGUCCCUGCUGAAGAAGGGCUGGCAGAACGUCGGUAGCCUGACCAUCAAGGCUACCAUGUCUCCUCCCAAGCGUGUCUACUAAGUGGUCGCUACAUUUGAGCACGGCUUGCUGUCCGUCUUUGCAACGAUAGGAAGGUGGCACAGGAAUGUUGGGCCUGCGGUACUAGCUAGCUAGCAAACAACCACAAUGACCAACAAAGCUCGACAGUCUGGGCUUGCUCCAACCUGCAAACGCCUUGUCCUCUGCC